CCCAACUUAUCUUUCCCCCAUCCUCUCUCCCUUUUUCUCUCCCAAGGUUAUGAAUUGCAUAUGAAACCCUCAUAAACCAUCAAAUGGCAUCCGAUCGUAGUUGGAUUACUCGUAGUCGAUAUAAUGAGUCAAGAUAUUUAACGGACGAAUAUAAGAAUGGUGUUGAGGAUUUCAUUAAAUUUGCUUGUGAGAAUCCUAGUGUUGGGGUUAUUAGGUGUCCGUGUGGAAAUUGUAAGAAUAAGCAUUAUAAGACUCCUGUUGCCGUUAAACUUGAUUUGUAUCGGUAUGGUAUGAUGCAAUGGUAUACUAUAUGGACUGCACACGGGGAGAAAAUGCCGGAAGAAAAAAUCGAGACUAGUACUAGAAAUGUUGGGGAUGGGGAUGAUGAUAUGUAUCAUGACGCCGAUGAUAUGUUAAGAGAUAUUGGGGAGGCAAAUAGGUAUUUUGAGAAUGUGGAUGAUGAACCGAAUCCAGCGGCAAAAGAAUUUUAUAAGAUGUUGCACAGUGCUUCGGAACCAAUUUAUCCAAGUAAUGUCAACUAUACAACCUUUGAGUUCGUGAAUGAGUUACUUCAUUUCAAGAACAAGCAUAAUUGUAGUAAUAAUGGCUUUGAUGAUUUGCUUAAGCUCAUUGGAUCAGUCUUGCCUGACAAUCAUAAACUGCCCCAAACCUAUUAUGCUGUGAAAAAUAUGCUUAAAGGAUUGAAUUUGGGAUAUGAAAAGAUUGAUGCUUGUGAGAAUGACUGUAUGUUAUUUUACAAGGAAAAUAGCGAGAAGACGCGUUGUGAUAUAUGCAAAGAAAGUCGAUACAAAGAACCAAAAGAUCUUAACAAAAAACAGAUCCCACGGAAGAUCUUGCGUUAUUUUCCUCUCACCCCAAGAUUGCAACGUUUGUUCAUGGCUGGGAAGACUGCAAAAUGUAUGAGAUGGCAUCAUGACAGAAAUGUGGUUGAAGGUGAAUUAAGUCACCCGGCAGAUGGAGAUGAGUGGAAACAAUUUGACCGCAGGUUUCCAAAAUUUUCAAAAGAGAUUCGAAAUGUGAGACUCGGACUUUCUACUGAUGGAUUUGAUCCCUUUCAUGAUGCACAUGCGAGAGAUUAUACAGUAUGGCCUGUGGUGGUUGUUAUUUACAACCUUCCCCCAUCUAUGUGCACGAAGGCUCCGUACAUGUUUAUGCCUCUUCUUAUUCCCGGGCCUAAGGAUCCGACAAAAGACUUGCAUGUUUAUCUUAGACCAUUGAUUGAUGAAUUGAAAGACUUAUGGCAGAAUGGGGUGGAAACCUAUGAUAGGUUCUCAUGUUCCAACUUUUUGAUGAGGGCAGCAUUGAUGUGGACAAUUAGCGACUUUCCUGCACUUGCCAUGCUUAGCGGGUGGUCAACUAAAGGGAAGUUGUCAUGUCCAGUUUGCAUGGGUGAGGUAAAGGCCAAACAACUGAAGUAUGGUGGCAAAGUUACCUUUUAUGACACUUCUAGAUAUUUUUUAGAACCGGAUGAUCCAUUAAGAAGAAGUACGAGGUUUGGAAGUGUUGAGACACGAUCAUGCACAUGUCGUCAUUCAGGAAUAAUUGCAAAGACCAUGUGUGAGCAAAUACAAUUCCCCCCUCCAGGAAAGUCAUCCAAGAAAAAAGCAAGGGAUUAUGGCGUGACACACAAUUGGACUCACUAUUCUCCAUUUUUUGAGCUUCCAUAUUGGGAGACCCUUAGUCUUCGUCAUAACAUUGAUAUCAUGCACACGGAGAAAAAUGUUUUUGACAACAUAUUUUACACGAUUCUUGAUGAUAAGCAAAAGUCAAAAGAUAACUUAAAAUCAAGAUAUGAUUGUCAAGAAUUACGUGUGCAUCGUGAGCUGUGGAUUCAAGAAGAUGGAGCCAAACCACAUGCACCUUAUGUGCUUUCGAAGGAACAACUAAAUAAGUUGUUCAAAUGGAUUGACACAUUGAAACUUCCAGAUGGGUAUGUAUCAAAUCUAUCGAGAUGUUUGAAUUGGGAAAAGAAUUGUAUUCGUGGGAUGAAAUCACAUGACUGUCAUGUUUUCAUGCAAAAGUUGUUGCCAAUCGUUUGUCGUGACUUACUCCCAAGACAUGUGGCGGAUCCUAUUAUCGAGUUGUGCAACUUCUUCCAAGAUUUGUGCUCAUCUACUUUGAAAUACUCAGAUUUGGUCAAAAUGGAGAAAGAUAUAGUGAGAAUUAUUUUCGACCGACAGAUUUGGUCGAAAAUAGCACAAAUGGCGGGAAUUUGAAAUUGCGGUCGAAUUUAUAUUUUCGACCAAAUUUUUAAAAUUUUGAGCGGGAAACGAAAAACUUCAAAAAAUUUCAAGGAAGAGCACGAAAUUUUGGGCGGUCGAAAACGGUCGAAAAUAAUUAUUUUCGACCGGAAAUGUAAUUUCGACCAGCUUAUUUUCGACCGCAGGAAGGCGGUCGAAAAUAGGUAAUUUCGACCAAAUACGGUCGAAAAUACCUAUUUUCGAUCAGAAUUUGGCGGUCGAAAAUAGCCGCCUUUCUUGUAGUGACAAAUUAAUUUAGCCAUCCAUAGGAGGUUGGCUAAAAUUAUAUACAACUGGCUAAAACUUAUUAUUUUUAGUAUGCUAACCCAUAUUUUAGCUAAGAGUUUUCAAUGGUCGGAGAUGCUCUUAACUUGUUAUAAUUAGGUAGGAGUAAUGGAAUAUAUAUACAUAUAUAACUUAAACAGCAAGUUAAUUAAUCGAAAUUUCAUCCUUAUCUCGCUCGAGAUUUAUAAGAACAAAUACUGGGGUGUGACUUUACAGGUUUACCUACUGAAAACAAGCUGUCAAUGAUAAGGCCUCAAAAAUCUCAGGCGCAUGUGAUCAACUUGAACUGGCCAGUAGACAAGUACUAGGAUUAUUGACACUAGCUAGCUUCCCUUAACUCAAGGGUUACGCUGUCUUUGUUUAUUUACAAUUGCAGACUUAAAUACGCACAAUCUAUGUAUUUUCAUUGAUCGACAGCGUUGUUGGUAUUUUAUUAACAACCUAAGUCCUUGUUCCAUGUUAAAGAAUGUCACGAAUUGCUCAUAAUUCAACACACAAAACAAAAUAGUCAAAUUUACACUUCUUUAUAAAUCUGUUGUGCAUUAGACUAUGAUCUUCAUCUGCAAAACUACUCAUGAAAAUGGCGUUCCUUACCAAGCUUAACUUCGUCGUACUUGUAUACAUCCUCUUCGUAAUUUAUGGCGCUCAGAACACUUCUGCAUCCUCCAUUCAUCGACGUGAGAAGCAAAACUCAAGGUGGUUUUCGGAUUGCCUGAGUGGACAUAGGAAGUUGGGACUUGUGGACUGUGGAGCUCAUUGGUCUGCAAGUCUGAAAUCAUCAAUGUCGCCACCGCCAGCACCUGCCAAGAGAGUUGCAACACGUUCUAAAAUUGCUUCUCCGCCAAGCAAAUAGUGAAUUCACUGACUAGACUUGUACUAGAUCAGGCGCGCGCACUUGGAUCUUCACAAUGCGCAUUUUGUAUUAAUAUUUAAUUGAAGUUGUGUUGGUAUAAGAAUGCCAAUUUCUAAAUCGUGUAAUGCCUUGACAUUUUAUGAAAGUUACGUUGAUAUAAUAAUGCUAGUUUCAACUUCUA